CUCUCCGUUCCCGGAGCCCCAGUGGGCCAGCUGGGCACAGACCUCUGCCGGCCCCACCUCUACGGUUAGAACACUGCUGCCCAGACUUCAGCAUGGACGCCCCCGAGACCUCCAAGCCGCUGAAUGAGGAGCGAUACUCCCGGCAGCUGUAUGUGCUGGACUUGCAGGCUAUGAAGAGGAUUCGGAGAGCCAAGGUCCUUCUCUCAGGCCUUCGGGGUCUGGGGGCUGAGGUGGCCAAGAACCUGGUCCUGAUGGGGGUGGGCAGCCUCACCCUGCAUGACUCCCAGCCUGCCUGCUGGUCUGACCUGGCGGCCCAGUUCUUCCUCUCAGAGAAGGACUUGGGGAGAAGCAGGGCUGAAGCAUCUCGAGAAGCCGUGGCUGAGCUCAGCGAAGACACCCAAGUCUGCGUCCACCAGGGUGACCUCACCGAGGACCUGCUGCUGCGAGAAGGCUUCCAGGUGGUGGUGCUCACAGCUUCCAGGCUGGAGGAGCAGCUGAAGGUGGGCAGGUUCUGUCACAAGCACGGGAUCUACUUUCUGGUGGCUGACACCUGGGGCCUUGUGGGGCAGCUGUUCUGUGACUUUGGGGACCACUUCACUGUCCAGGACCCCACAGAGACAGAGCCCUCUUCAGCUGUUGUCCACCACAUCUCCCAGGGUUCCCCUGGCAUUCUCACUCUGAGGGCUGACACCCAUGACUUCCGCGACGGGGACCUGGUGACUUUCUCUGGUGUUGAGGGCAUGGUUGAGCUCAAUGGCUGUGAUCCUCGGACUGUCCGGAUCCGAAAGGACAGAACCUUGGAGAUUGGGAACACAACAGCCUUCUCCUGUUACUUGCGUGGUGGCCUUGUCACUGAAGUCAAGAAACCCGAGACUGUGAGCCAUAAGCCCCUAGACGCAGCCCUGCUCCAGCCUCGCAUGGUGGCCCACCCACAGGACGUUGGCCGUGCCCUCUGCCUGCACCAGGCCGUGCGAGCACUGCAUGAGUUCCAGCACCAGAAAGGCCGCCUGCCUCAGCCCUGGGAUCCUUCUGAUGCAGAGGUGGUGGUGAACCUAGCCCAGACUCUGGAACCACUGAAGGGGACAAAAGGAGAGUCACUGGCAGAACCGCUGGACGAGGGCCUCGUGCGGAUGGUUGCCCUGAGCAGUGCCGGAAGCUUGAGCCCCCUGGCAGCCAUUUUGGGUGCAUUGGCUGCCCAGGAAGUGCUGAAGGCAAUCUCCAAGAAGUUCAUGCCCCUGGAUCAGUGGCUGUACUUUGAUGCCCUGGAAUGCCUUCCAGCAGACCAGAAGCUAUUUCCCCGUCCAGAGGACUGCGCACCGAGAGGCUGCCGCUAUGAUGGGCAGAUCGCGGUGUUCGGGGCUGGUCUGCAGGAGGAGUUGGGCCACAAGCACUACCUCCUGGUGGGCGCAGGAGCGAUUGGCUGUGAGCUGCUCAAGGGCUUCGCCCUCAUGGGCCUGGGAGCCGGGGGCCGUGGCGGCGUGACUGUUGCCGACAUGGACCUCGUGGAACACUCCAACCUCAGCCGCCAGUUCCUCUUCAGGCCCCAGGACAUUCAUAGGAACAAGGCAGAGGCAGCUGCCGAGGCCACUCACCGCCUGAACCCUGACUUGAAGGUGACCCCUUCCACCCAGCCACUGGGUCCCACGACAGAGCGCACCUAUGGGGAUGACUUCUUCUCAAGUGUGGAUGGGGUGGCUGCUGCCCUGGACAGCUUCGAGGCCCGGCACUAUGUGGCAGCUCGCUGUGCCUACUAUCUGAAGCCUCUGCUGCAGGCGGGCACACAGGGCAUGUUGGGCAGCGCUUCAGUGUUUGUGCCUGAAGUGACUGCGGGCUACGAAGGGCCCUCCUCAGACGCACCUGAAGAUGCCCCGUACCCUGCCUGCACCAUUCGACACUUCCCCAGCAGAGUCGAGCACACCUUGCAGUGGGCACGGAAUGAGUUUGAGGGGCUUUUCUGCCUGUCGGCCAAGACCAUCAACCACAUCCAACAGACACUCACUUCUCCGGUGGACGUGGCGGGGGCACGGGCACCGAGCCUGCAGCAGGUGGUUCUCGGUGAACUGUCAGAGCGUCCGCAGACCUGGCGAGACUGCGUGGUGUGGGCUUACGGCCACUGGCAACUCUGUUUUCAUCACGGCGUCAAGCAGCUGCUGAGGCACUUCCCUCCCGACAAAGUGCUUGAGGAUGGAACUCCCUUCUGGUCAGGUGCCAGGUGGUGCCCGAGGCCCUUGGACUUUGAUGUCAGUCAAGACUCCCACGUCCUCUAUGUGCUUGCGGCCGCGAACCUGUAUGCGCAGAUGCACGGGCUGUGCGGCUCACAGGACCAGGAUGCACUGAGGGGACUGCUGGAGUCACCGCUGCGGCCGGCUCCCCAGCGCCAGGCCUCCGGUCCUGAGUCAUCGAAGAAAUUAAAUGAAGCCCUCAAAAUCUGGAGCAAGGGUCCUCCCCUGAAGCCCCAGACAUUUGAGAAGGACAAUGACAGCAACUUCCACAUGGACUUUGUGGUAGCGGCAGCUAAUUUAAAAGCUCAGAACUACGGGAUCCCACCGGCCAACCAUGCCCAGAGCAAGCGGAUCCUGGGCCUGAUUAUCCCAGCCAUUGCCACCACUACAGCGGCUGUGGCAGGCCUGGUGAGCCUGGAGCUGUACAAACUGGAGGGCAUGACACGGUCCCUCGAUGCCUUUCGUCACAGCUACCUACGGCUGGCUGAAAAUCAACUCAACCGCUGGAAACCUGAUGCCCCAGCCACCCAUACGUUCCAGACGCUGCAGUGGACCUGUUGGACCCGUCUGAAGGUGACUGCUGGGCAGCCGGAGAUGACCCUGAAGUCCCUGCUGACCUAUGUCCAGGAGCAGCAUAAGCUGACAGUGAACUUGCUGCUGUCUGGCUCCGCCCUGCUCUACUCCACACAGCUGCCGGCCGAAGAGCAGGCCCAGUGCCAGGCGCUCAGAGUGACAGAACUGGUACAGCAGGUGACAGGCCAGGUCCUUGAUCCGGAGCAGCGGGUGCUGGUGCUGGAGUUGGGCUGUGAGGGUGACGAAGAGGACACUAACUUCCCCCCCCUGCACUAUGUACUGUGACAAGGCAGCAGCCCGCCACUCUGCUCCACCUAGGGCUGCCUCCGGGCCACAGCAGGCUCUGAAUAAAUGCUGACUGACGGGAA